AUGUCUUCUAAUCCUUUAAUAGAGGCCAGAGACGCGCUUCAUCGGGCCGCGGUCUUGGAACGGGAGAACGUGACCCUACGCGACGAAAUUUAUAGACUGGAGAAGGUCAAUCGGAACCUCAUGGAUCACUCGGCACAGCUUUCCCAGCAAAGCCGCUCUGACGUUCGCUAUCACUCCCUUGAGACGGAUUUGGCAGAAGCGAAGGACAAAAUCAUCAAUCUGGAAGCAGAGAACACCAAUCUGGUUGACGAGAAAUUGCAGCUAAGACAGCAGCUGGCCCUGCUUACCGCGGAUAAUGAGAUACUUUCUCAGGACAUCAUUACUCUUUCUGCGCUUGUCAGCGAACUUGGUGGGACUCCGGGACUCUCCGCGCCGGGAAUCACUUCUGUGGAAGCAGAGCCUCACACGGCCGUCUUUCAACCGUGCUCUCCAGACAAUCCUUUGCCAACAGCGCCGGCAGUGAAGGCACCCCAGCUAGAGAACGAGGCUGUUGACUUUUUCUUGCCCGAAAAUCGCUUGCGCUCAGACCUUGCAGCUCCUUCGUUUUGCGAAUCUAAUUUUAACCGCCUGCUUGCUCUUGUCGAUAGUUUGAAAAAGGAUUUAUUUGAGAUAAGUUCCUAUUGUCCUAACAUAAGCAAGUUAAAGGAAAUUCUUACCAAUACCUCUAACGAGGAGAAGUCAAAAGCCUCCUCUGAGCUCGUUGACUCUCUAACCAGGAAAGUAGGUGACCUGGAGAAUAAGCUGUGUGUCUCCGAAUCGCGGGUGACGGAACUUGAGGUACUUCUUGCCGACUAUGAGAGACAGGAGGCAGCUUAUGUUAGUAUGGCGUCCGAGAUCGAGGACACCAGGAAGACUCUUGCCGCUGCCGAAGCCAAGCUCUCUAACUAUGAGGCAAUCCAGGCAGAGUGUGCCGCGCUUAGAGAGAAGGUCGCGAGCCUUGAGCAAUCUCUCACUGAAAAUCUCGAUGCGUACAAGAACCUUGAUAAUGAAUAUCAGCUGACAACGGAGCGACUUCAGGCUAUUACAGAAAUUGCUGAGCGGUCAACUAUGUUAGAGGAAGCGCUUCGGGACUCCGAGACAAAAGGCAGCAGAACGGCCCAGCUACUUGAACUCGCUCAGGAGGAGCUUGCCCGAUACCAGUCUGGGGAGAAACGCACUCUAGAUUCGGCCGAGGCAGAGAUAGAAACCCUAAAGGCAUCCCUGGCUGCAAAAGCCUCCCAACUGAAGGAUGUGAUGGAGCAGUUUGAGGGACUAAUGGAGCUGAAGAAGAAACAAGACGUCAAGCUCAAUGAAGUCUAUGAGCUGCGCAAGCGCUUUGACUAUAUGCGCGAGCGGUUUGAGCCUAUGCAAAAGGAGGUGGAAAAGCUCCGAAACAAAGAAAGGGAGUACAGUAGGAUUCUCUCACACUUGGAUAAUGGCACUAAUAAGCAUGACGAACGGUUCAAAGAGAUCGAGGCCAGGUACAAGCAAGAAAUAGCCCGUAAAGACAAUCUAAUAUCUACCCUCAAAGAGGAAAAGCUUAAGCUUAAUGAAGAGAUCAUUGUUCUGCGUACCUCUAUACACGUUAGGGACGAAGAUGGUCGCCGCACCCGCUUGAAUCUCCUCGGUGCUAGUCAGAUUUCCGCAAAUGCUCAGAGACUCAUUGACCAAACCAACACCGGGAAUCCCCCAGAAACCACAGGGGGCUCAGCAAUGAUUGACAAGUCGGGAAUAACUAUGAAUGAUCUGGCCUUACAGCAACCAGCGCUGAGUGCGGGAUCCGUGGUCUCUUCAGCGGGGCCAUCCAGACAGAUCACCCAGAGAAGUGGGAUUCUCUCCAGCUCUGCUGUGGGCUCUGUUCAUCCUAUGUUGCGAAGCUCCACGAUAAUUGGUAGCCGAGGAUAUGUAGGAUCUGCUGCACUUAGUGGGAUUGCUCGGGCACCUAGUAUGAAUACUCACCCGGAGUAG